UUUUCUAAAAGUGAUUCGUUCGUAUUUAUUAUAAAUUUCGACAAUAUUCACUUUUUUAAGCGAUAAAACAGUUUAUGGUCAAUAAACGAAAAUGUACGUCGUUCAAAUUCGUUUUUGGCCAAGUAUUGAUACAGAACAGUUGACUAUAGUUACCCAUAGAUUUUGUCUAUUUUGUUUUGUAUUUGUGGGAACUGGUUAUCACUUUGUAUGCUGCUCAACCGCUAUCUCUCUAUCACUUUAUCACUUUCCAAAAUGAGGUUGAAUAAUUUGUUUAUAUUUUGUAGCUAUCACUGUCUAUAGUUGUUAUCACUUCUAGUGUGUGCACAGCAUGGGGAUAGACACACCAGCUAUUGGUGGCAAAUUAGCAGUUUUGUUUUGAAAAAUAGCAGAAAAAAUGAAAAAAAUAGUAGAUCGAAAGAAAAUAAAAAUCUGAAUUUCAAAUGCAUGGGGCAAUAUAUAUUAUACGGAUAUUAGCAAUAUAUUAUUAGUAGAAACAAAAGAAACAGUGAAUAAUAUAUUGAAGAAAAUAAGAACUUGAAAUCGUGUUUUUCCCCAUGGAACACAGUGUGUGUUAAGUGUAUCUAUCUAUUAUCUGCGGAAAAAAUUAUAUUAUCACUGAACUAAGCCUACUCUGUGCUAUAAAUUUCAUCAAAUUUUCUGGGAUUCGUCAGAGAAAUUGUCGUCGUUACAAACAUUCAAGUCAGUUAAAAUAUUUUUUGAGGGAGCUAUAUUUACUUUUAUUGAACAUUUUCAAACGAUAUGGCCGCGCUUAACGUAGAACAGUUACCAUGGGCAGAAAAAUCACUUCAUGUCCCAAGUUUGAGUGAAUUAAAAACAGCACUUUCUGCGGGACUGAACAAAAAUUUCGCCGAAGUGUUGGUCGAAAUUCAGGAUUGUCCAGAUUUAACUGCAGCCCCAUUUUAUUUGGCAUCGAGUGGCUUGAGUGGAUCGCAAACAAUCGUUGAUGUGGGCGGUCCACCAUUUUUAGCACCAACGGUUGACCGCACGAAAAUUUACGAUUUAGUUAACAUAGCACGAAAAGUGUUGCCAAAUGCACCCACUGUUUAUUUAUGUGGAGCCGGUGCUGGACCUCAUCCAUUAAUUAGCUCAAAUUGUGAGGGUAUUUUCAAUUUAAAAAUCAAUGAAGAUGGAUCUUUUGUAAAUGAGACACAUAUUGCUCGUGUUACACCUGGUGAUGAGUCGUGUGCUACUAUGAAAGUUCCGCACGAUGAAACAAAAUUCGCACUCAUGGCAAAUUUGUACGUAUCAGAGGGACAGAAAGGAAAGGUGAUUCACGUGAAAUGCAAAAAACGUUUAGGUGAGGAUAAUUUCAUCACUGCCUGUCGGAACGCGGUGUACGCAGCAUUUGGCGAAAAGCACGUUGGUAUGGGCGGUGUGUUUAUAUUGAAAAAUGGCAGUGCACAUCAGCACGUGAUGCGUGACUUCAGUUCAACACCAUUAAAUAACGACGAAGACGUGAACAAUUGGCUGAAAUUUUAUAAUAUGCCUGGUAUUCUAAUUGCUGUUGGCACAUUUGUAACCGAUGAAAUGGAUUUGGAUCUGCGUUUGCAACACUUUCAUAGUUUCUCAAAGAGCAACUGGGGUGGUCACUAUCAUUACGAUACCACACCUGAAACGGUCGAGUACGAAGCAUACUUCAAUGUUGGCAGUCGCAUCAUUCGCAUCGAUCAACCUGUUGUUACUCACAAAAUCGGCAGAGACUAAAUUUAACUUAACAUUAACCCAUUAACUACCAGUGGUCGAUUUUUCGAAGUGAUAUUUUUCUCAGGAUCUAUCUUCCACACCAGAUGGGGAAUUCGAUUAAUUUUUUUUUUCUAAAAUAAAGUUUGAAAUUCAUACUUCCCAAUGAGAUUAUUACAAAAUCAAUAAAAACGUUUCAAAUUGGUCGGAUCGAUCAUCGAAUGAAACCAGAAAUUUUGGAGAAAAAAAAUCCCCUAAGAAUUUCUACAAAUUUGUACUGAAUUUUCAAUUUUUCUAUCGCUGUUAAAUAUAAAUGGGACUCAUAUCUCACGAUUUGCGAA